GAGCGGGUCUCGGAGGUCGGCAGCCAGCGUAUUGCUGCCUUUGUGCACCCCGCGACGGCGCUGCGACGUGCCACGGCCUCACCCUCGCUGGGAGUGCAAACCCAUUGCGUUUUCACGCGCCGCGUUGCGCCCGAAAGCCGAAUCCACGAAUCCGCGACGCGACGCGUGGCAGCGAGCCGGGACGCCGCGCGGCGAAAGCCAGACCACUCGCGUCGACGAGCCCAUGCCGCCACGCAGCCGCACGGCGAAAGCCGCGGCCGACGAGCCCAUGCCGCGCGGCAAGCCCUCGAACAGCGUCGACGACCUGUUGGAACCGAUGCCGCCGACGCAGCCGCGGGCGAAGCGCUUAUUAACGAUCGUCACGGUCGCGGCGUGGCUCUACGCCAUGUCCGUAGCCAUCGGCAAGGCCUAUGAUAUUCGUUUACAUGCCAUCAAGACCUACGGUUAUGUGAUCCACGAGUUCGACCCCUGGUUUAAUUAUCGAGCCACGGAGUACCUCGCCGCGAAUGGACUGCGGAAGUUCUUCACGUGGUUCGACCGCAUGGCCUGGUACCCUCUCGGAAGACCCGUCGGCACGACGAUCUACCCGGGCAUGCAGAUGACGUCCGUGUUCAUCUGGAAGGCCCUCGGGCGGUUACGGGAGCUUGGAUUGUUAACAUGGUACGCUCAUGUGAAGAAAGCGCCCAUCUCGCUGAACGACGUCUGUUGUUUGGUCCCGGCGUGGUUCGGCGCGCUAGCCACGGUCUUUCUUGGAUUACUCACCCUAGAAACGACGAACUCCUACGCGGCGUCGGCCUGCGCGGCGUUGUGCAUGGCCACGGUCCCUGCUCACUUAAUGAGGUCUGUGGGAGGCGGCUACGAUAAUGAGUCAAUAGCCCUAACGGCCAUGUGCGCGACGUUCUACCUGUGGUGUCGAUCGCUGCGGGGUCCCUACCUGUGUGGAAAUCAACCAAUGCAUCGGGCGCAUGCGGUGAGGAACCGGCAUCGCCACGCCAUCGAGCAGGCGUCGCAUCGAUGGCGUGCAGGUAGACGACGAUUCAGCAUGAUCGCGCCGUAAAAUUUGAUUUCCACACAGGUCCCUACGAAGCGUCGAAACAUACUUAUAUAUAUGGCGUCUUAGCGGGCUUAGCCUAUGCCUACAUGGUCGCGGCGUGGGGCGGGUUCACCUUUGUGGUUAAUGCGGUUGGAUGUCAUGCUUUUUGUCUCGCGGUGGUAGGUAGAUAUACGGAGAAGUUACGCGUGGCCUACUCUUUGUUCUAUGUGGUCGGUACUAUCGGUGCUAUCUUAGUACCUGUGGUAGGGUGGCGUCCCUUGAAAGAUAUGGAGCUAUUGCCGCCUCUACUAGUAUUUGUGGGGUUGCAGGUCCAGGCUCGCGCCGUGGCUUACAUCCGUAAAAACGAGUGUGGUAUGGUGAAAGGGCUCCUCGUCCUUGCGGCACAUGGUCUCGUGUUAGUAGCGGUAUUGCUGGGUAUCGGCUUCAUAUUAUAUCCAAGAGGCUACUUCGGGCCGCCCUCGAGUCGGGUGCGAGGUCUCUUCGUGAAGCACACUAGGACAGGAAACCCUCUCGUCGAUUCCGUAGCGGAGCACCAGCCCACGAGCAAGCAGGCCUACACCCAAUAUUUGAGCCACGCGUAUGAUCUGGUACCAUACGGGUUAGGGUUAUCAUUACUAAGGGUCUCGGACGCCACGCCUUUAUUAUGGAUCUACUUCGGCAUCGCCUACCACUUCGCGAAUAAAAUGGCGCGCCUCAUGAUCCUGGCCGGGCCCAUCGCGUCGGCGUUAGUAGGCGUUGCCUUAGGUGCGGCCUUUGAUCAUGGCAUUCUCUUCUCUGUCCAAGCGCUCGUGGCGAGGUUCUUCCCCGGUCAAAAACAGAAGCCUACGAGGAAGAAGGAGAAGCUCCCCGUCAAAAUCAGACGCGGACUAGCAGGGACGUACCGCCACCCGGUCGUAUGUAUCGCAAGGAUCGCACUAGCGUUGUACUUCGCCUUAUAUACCGUACAACCAAAAUACAAAGACUUUCUAGGAUAUUGCGAAGAACUGUCAGAAGGCUUAUCGCAACCGUCCAUCAUGUUCAAGGCUCGGCUGAGGGACGGAACGGAGAUCAUCGUCGACGACUAUCGGGAGGCCUACUGGUGGUUGAGAGAUCACACGCCGAAAGAUUCUAGGAUUUUGGCCUGGUGGGACUACGGGUACCAGAUCACGGGCAUCGGGGAGAGAACUACUCUGGCCGAUGGAAAUACGUGGAACCACGAGCACAUCGCUACUCUUGGGUACAUUUUAACUUCUCCCGAGGACCAGGCCCACAAGAUCGCGAAACAUUUGGCUGAUUAUGUGCUCGUGUGGGCCGGCGGUGGUGGGGAUGACUUAGCUAAAAGCCCUCAUAUGGCUCGCAUCGGGAACUCGAUUUAUCACCACUUCUGUCCGGACGACCCGACGUGCCAGCACUUCGGCUUCUAUCAGGGUGGACGACCGACGCCGUCCAUGGAGGCUUCUUUGUUGUAUAAGCUGACGACGCAUGACCCCAGAAGACCAGCACUAAACACCUCGAGAUGGGAGCCCGUCUACCAGUCGAAGUACGGCAAGGUGCGCAUCUUCAAGAUCAAGAAGGUCUCGAAGAAGUCGAAGAACUGGGUUAAGAACGCCACUAACUUAUUAUGUGAUGCCCCUGGCUCUUGGUACUGCCCCGGCCAGUACCCGCCGGCCGUGCGGUGGUUGAUUGAUCUGCGGAAGCCUUUUAGGCAAUUGGAAGACUUCAACAGCGGCCCGCGCGACAAAGAUAGUGAAGAAUAUACCAAAAAGUACCACGAGAAGAUGUCUGCCAGAGAGGGCAAGGGUGAAAUACCCCCUACCGAGAAGCUUACUUAUGUGGGAUGUUAUCGCAAGGAGGACCAGUUACCUGCCGAGAAGGUGUAUGGUGGUGGUGUGGUGGGCGCGUCGGCGUCGGCCGCGUUCAAUCACGCGCGCUCCCAAAAGAAGCGCUAUGUGGCCGUCGCGCGCGUCGGCGACGACGGCCACGCGUUUGCGUUUGAUAGUUUACCGUCGGGCGCGGCCGUCAACGAUGGAGGGUGCGCUAGACCGUGCGCCGACGACGACGCCUUCGCGUGCGGCUGCGCCGACGCCGGCUGCGACGGCGUCGUGAAACGUUCAGCCGACGAGGAGUAUGUGCGAAGGUGGGCGGUCUACGACGUCGGCGCGCCGAAGAAGCGGAGGAAGAAGCGGUCGGAGCUCUGAUGGUCGCGCUACGCUUGGGAUAAGUAUAGGAGGAAUGAUCAGCGCA